UUGAAAUUCCCAGCGAAGCGGGCGAGUGCGGCUAGUCGAAUUAUAAAAUCAAAUUAUACGGAUGUGAAUUAAAACGUUUUUUUUUUGUUUUUUUCAACUCAAAGUCCGAAGUCGUUUCACGGAAAUUUCCCGCUAACAAGAUUGCCGUAAGAGUAGUUAAUAAAGAAAAAAAAUUAAUGACAAAAAUGUGAUUACAGAAUUCACUCACCUGCAAGAAUCUGAGAUGAGAUGAACGCGAUCACUACGUUUUCUAUAUUAAUAGGCGCGUUCCUACAUUGCGAUGGCGCAACUAAUCAGGACCAGAUCGACCAUAUCGCUAGAAGACUGCAGUUGGGGAUAGAUAAUGGUCUGAUAAUUGGAGCGCCAACGGAUCCAGAGCAUUUACCCGCAGCGGAGCCGAUUCUGCCCGGGCAUACCCUGCUGAGGCCAGCCCGGGGAAUGCUCAAAUCCGCUGUCAAAUUCCCUCACAGGGACCUCAAUAAUGGAGCUGGAGUUUAUGGGAACUUCGACAACAUUGGAAUCAGGUUUGACGGUAAAAGUGACAAGGUCUUAUACAGUGGCUUCCGAAGAAAUUCUAAAAGUUUCCCAGAAUCCCAAGAAAAAAUAUUCUUUAACAACUUAAGACAAAAAUCGAAAUCCAGAAUGAGAGACCCGGAAAAAGAACGGUAUUCCUCUGUUACGUUCGAGAAUCCGCGAAUCACCAGCCAUAAGAGGAAUCGAAUAAUUCAUAAUCUUUAUUCUCCGAAGCGAGGAGGCCAUGCUUAUAUCUUCCUAAGUCGACCACGUCGCGAUGACAGUGAUGAGCUCGAUCAAAAGAAGGAGCCAUGGUUUUGGAAGAACAAGAAGACAUUCGAGGACAUCCUAUUAUACACUGAUGUCACGGAAUUUCCUGGACUCAAAUCGAAGCUCGUACGACGUAGACCCAACCCGCUGUAUGAGCAGAUCAAUUACUGGCCAUUCACGGAAUAUUAGCCGUCGUAAAAUAUUAGAUUCUUAAAUAAUGUAAACGUACGCGGUUUUAACAUAAAGUGUUAAAUUAAACACA